UGGACGGGAAUAGAUGAUGUUUACUGGAGGGUUAACUGGAUAAAUGGAACACUGGAAAUGAAUGUCUGGAGGAAAGUAAGGAAAAUAAGCUGUAUUUGACAUUUGUCGUUUUCGAAUACAUAAUGAUCUUGUAAAAUGCAUUACAAUUUUGAAAUUUAAAAGACCGCUUCCUAUCUAGAUUAGUGGUUAACUCAUGAUCUAGUACCGCUAACCUACAUCAGUUAUUUAUGAAGGAAAUUAAUGCCUUUUUAUAAACAAAUAAAUACGAUAGGAUAAAUAAAACAGUUUUAAUGUGAAUAUUCUGUGGAAUCUGAAAUCUCUCGUUUAUGUAGUAUAAAAUUCUUCCUAGGAGAAAAUGUCCCAGCCUAGUCCAAGUUUGCUGAACAGCCUGCGAAGGUUUCAGUAUCAGAAAAAAAAUAACUUUGAACAUGGCAACUUAGUAAAAGUUGAAGAGAAAUUGCAGUCUCAAGAAGAAUUAUUGGACCCAGUAGACAGUGACUAUGGAUCGACGGUGGGAUCAAGUGGAGAUACAGGAUGGAGUGAAGAAUCCAUCAUCAAACCCUUACGGCUAAAACCUUUCAACCAGCUUUCUUCCGAGAGUUCAUCUCAAAAUUUAGUGCAGAAUAAUGUAGAUAUUAAGAAACUUACCCAUAUAGAUAUAGAAGAAAUACGGACAAAGAUGAAACACAAAUUUGCAAGCACAGCACAUUCAAUAUCGGAUUCUGAUGAAGAAGACUGUAAGAAGGAAGUGAUUACUGAAUCAAAGCCUGAGUCUGUACCUGGGGAAGAAGAGGAUGAUGAUGAUGUGGUUCUGUUUAUUCCACGGUCUAGGACACCCAAACCUAUUAUAGUUUCCGAUGAUGAAGAUGAAUGCCUAACUACAAAUGCACCAAUGAACGAAGAUCUGAAGUGCAAUUACACUGGAGCCGAAGAAUAUAGUUUAAAGCAGGAAAUAAAAACAGAGGAGCCUGAAAUCUUUAUAGUAGAUGAUGACAGUAAUAGUGUAGAGAUAAUCCAAAGUGACUUUGACACCAAGACUGAGGUAAAGCAAGACAUAAAGCCCAACAAUGUACAUGAAGUUUCUGAAGGUGAUAAAAAGCGAAAGGCUCCAUCCGAAUCUCCGAGACCAAAAGCAAAGAGAACAAGGAGAAAGAAGAGAAAUUCAGACUCAGAAGAUGAUCACAUCCGCGGUGAGAAAGUGUUUGAUAGCGAUGCAGAUUCCGAUGAGGAAAUUAGUGAUUAUCUAACAGAGUCAAAAAGAAAAGUUUUGGAUUUCCUGAACACGGCUACGGAGGGAGAACUGCGGAUUGUCCCUUCUUGUACUGUGAAGAAAAUAGAGGCGAUUCAAUCCAUGAGGCCAUUUGAAGGAUGGAUAGAUCUGGUAACCAAAUUCCAAACGGGAAAGUUCCUGGGGACAAACCUGCUGAAUGGUGCACAGCAGGUGAUAGAAGCACGGGAAGUUGUGGCACAUCUGAUGCGCAAGUGUGAGCGCAUUGCAACACGCACAGAGAAAGCCAUUGCAGCUGGUUCACACAGUAUAUCUUGCCAACCCUCCAUUCUUAACCCCGAACUGAAGCUGAUGUCGUACCAGAUGGUGGGGCUGAACUGGUUGAAUGUGAUGAACUCCCAGAGACUCAGUGGUAUCCUAGCAGACGAGAUGGGACUGGGCAAGACCAUACAGGUGAUAGCAUUCCUGGCUCAUCUCAAGGAGACUGGUCAGACCACCCCUAACAGUCCUCACCUCAUUGUGGUCCCUGCCUCUACACUAGAAAACUGGUGUAUUGAGUUUGAAAAGUGGUGUCCAGCGCUGAAGGUUGAACAGUAUUAUGGAUCUCCAGACGAGAGAAGGGCACUGAGGCACACGUGGGUUAAAAAUGGCUUCGACGACAUUGAUGUCGUCCUCACCACUUAUAGCAUGGUUGGAAGUUGCUACGAAGAGAGAAAGAUGUUCCGAGUGGUUAAUCUUCAUUACGUCAUUUUUGAUGAAGCACACAUGCUAAAAAAUAUGAACACACAAAGAUAUGAGAACCUCAUCACAAUCAAUGCAUUACAUCGCACAUUGCUGACCGGCACCCCCCUCCAGAACAACCUGCUAGAACUGAUGUCUCUACUGGUGUUUGUCAUGCCUGACAUGUUUUCAGGGAAAACUGAUUAUUUGAAAUUCCUCUUCUCAAAGAACUCGAAGCAGAAUAUAGAAGAGGCGCCACUGUUUGAACAGGAGCAGGUCCAGCGAGCUAAGCGCAUCAUGCACCCGUUUGUGCUGCGGCGUCUCAAGGUGGAUGUGCUGCGCGACUUACCCACCAAAACUACUAGGAUUGUAGAAUGUCCCUUGGAGGAGGAGGAGCAGGCGAUCAAGUACACAGAGUUGUGUGACCGUGCACGUAAUGACGAUGGACACAUGGUCAAUUCCAUGACAAUUAUGAUGGAUCUACGUAGGAUGGCCAACCAUCCGCUCACUCUGCGCUAUCAUUAUCAGGAUGACACUUUGUCACAAAUGGCAGAAAUAUUAGCCUCGGAACCUACACACAAGGAGAAGGAUGCAACCCGAGUCCUGGAAGAUUUGCAGUGGAUGUCUGACCAUCAGUUACACAGAAUGGUUGUUUCCUAUGAUUGUUUGAGAGGAUUUGAGUUAGCCGAUUCAGUACUGGUGAGGAGUGGGAAGUUCCUCAAGUUAGAUGAGAUCCUACCUCCUCUGAAAGCUGGUGGUCACCGUGUGCUGAUAUUCUCCCAGUUUGUCUUCAUCCUGGACAUCCUGGAGGACUACAUGAGAGUUCGCAACCACAGUUUCCUCCGGUUAGACGGUUCAACACCAGUUACUGAAAGGCAGGACAUGAUAGACCUGUACAAUCAAGACUCAUCUAUAUUUGUGUUCCUGCUGUCAACCAAAGCUGGGGGUAUCGGUAUCAAUCUAACAGCAGCUGACACAGUCAUCAUACAUGACGUGGACUUCAACCCUUACAACGACAAGCAGGCAGAGGACAGAUGCCACCGCAUGGGCCAGACCAGGCCAGUACAAAUAAUGCGGUUCGUCAGUAAAGACACAAUAGAAGAAGCAAUUUUGAGAAUUGCACAAGAAAAACUUCAUUUAGAGAAAGAAGUCACAUCUUAUAAAGAUGAUGAAGUAACUGAAAACAUUAAUGUGGCCCAACUGCUGCGGGAUUGUCUCGGCAUCUCAGAGGCUUCUUGAUCUCGGCUCUGCUAGCCCUCGGCUAGCUGCUCUGUGAUAACAUUAUCAUGACACUUACGGUGCUUAUUGUUGAGUGUUUCCUGUAAUUUUAAAGUCCCUGUGUAAACCAUUAUUUAUUGUUAUGCAUAAUUUAGUGAAUGUUCUGUUCAAUUUGAAAUCUUUUGUGAUUGUGUAGCACAGGUUAGUGACUGAAUGUACCUUUUUCGUUAAUGCUGUCGAGUAAUAGCUUCUAAUUAACUAAUAGUACUAGUUGUUUUGUACAGUUUAUUUUUUUAGAAAUUUUAUAUUUUAAGUGAUUUGUAAUAUUUGUAAAACAACACUCGAGUGUAAACACUCAUAUUUAACAAUUUGAAAUUGACAAGUAUCUCAGUAAUGUCACAAUAUUGCUAUUUUAGUUUGACAAACAUUUUAUACACAUAUACUUUUAAAUAUAUAUUUUCAAUAGUUCCAUAGUUAAAGGUAGCAGAUUUACUGUAGUAGCUCCUCAAAGUUUGUACAAACAGAGAUCUUGUAAUGGAAUAAAAUAAUAAUUGGAAGUAUUUA